AUGACCAACAGCCGAAACGACGCAUGCCACUCGUGGAUGCGGAGCUCAGACGACGAUAUGAUCAAGCUAUCAAUGAUUGCGGUGACGAUGAGGAAGAUGAUCUCAUUCAAACAUGUCAAUACAUUAGUGAAUUAUAGCAGACGACGAUAUGAUCAAGUUAUCAAUGAUUGCGGUGACGACGAGGAAGAUGAUCUCAUUCAAACAAGUCAAUACAUUACACUAGUGAGAAACCUAUUAGAUUAUACUGAUGCAACGAAGAAGACCAAAUCAGUACUCAACAGCUUAAGAGAUUAUGAGACGCAUACAACUAAGCACUUCAAGGAACCUGAGCAAUACAAUAGGGCCAUUAUUGACAGACUCAGGCACCAUCCAGUAGACUAUCUAUUGGAGAAGUUUCUCAAUGACAUGCAUAAUAGGAUGUUGAAUGUCGAAGUGCGCACAGAGCGUGCGCAUAAGACAAUGGUGAUGUUAGAGGAACGUUACCGCAACUCAGACAAGGAACCCAUACACUUUCAGCUCCUCAAAGUACAAAGGCACCAAGCACUCGUGUACUACGGACAACAAGCACAGGUGGAUGCUUUAAUCAGAGCAGACAAACAACCUGAUGGACGUGACGGACACUUGUCAGAUAUUGAACACACUAAGUUUCAGACUAUGACUGAAGCAAGCAUUAGAGAUGCAUCCAGGAUGCAAGGGGAGCGUAUAUUGAGGGAUCAGUUGCGAGCGCAGAACAAGCGUAACAACGCACAGACAAACCUCCAAGCCGAGAACAGCACUACCAAUGCUAACAAACGGUAUAAACCAGACAAUGGUGCACCCAAUCAGAACAAGCUAAUGGGAUAG